CGACCAUGCCCGGCGACCUGUACAGCAUCACGUCGACCAUCGACCUGCCCAACGACCCCGAGGGCAGGAGCUACCCUCGCUUCGGUCUCGGCGUCUACGUGACCGAGCCGGGUGCAGAGACGUACAACGCCGUCACCUGGGCCCUCGAGGCGGGGUACAGGCACAUUGACGGCGCCGAAUGGUACGAGAACGAGGAGGACUGCGGCCGGGCGAUCAACGACUUUAUCAAGAAGUCUGGCGUCCCUCGUUCCGACAUCUUUUUCACGACCAAGCUCAUGCACAACCGCACCGACCCGGCGUGGGUCACCAAGUGCGUCGACGUGAGCCUCGAAAAGGCCGGGCUCGACUACAUCGACCUGUACCUCAUCCACGACCCGACCGGCGGGCCCGACGUGCGUGCGGCCAUGUGGGAGGGGUGCUGCCAGGUCCGCGACACGGGCAAGGUGCGCGCUAUUGGUGUCAGCAACUUUGGCGUCAAGCACCUCGAGGACCUCCUCGCGCGCAAGCCCAAGUACGCCCCGGCCGUCAACCAGGUCGACCUGCACCCGUUCAUGACGCGCAACGACCUCGUCGCCUACUGCGAGUCGCAGCGCAUCGUCCUCGAGGCGUGGGCUCCGCUCGUGCGCGGCAUGCGCUUCAAGCACCCGGUCGUCGUCGAGCUCGCCAAGAAGUACAACAAGUCGCCCGCCCAGGUCCUCAUUCGCUACGGCCUCGACCGGGGCUUCAUCGUCAUCCCCAAGUCGACCAAGAAGGAGCGCAUCGUCGACAACGCCCAGGUGUUCGACUUUACGCUCGACCAAGACGACGUGGACCGUCUCACGGGCCUGGAUGAACGGCUAGUCACCGACUGGUUCGUGACCGAGGUGGAGUGAUGUCUGAACGACGCCGGAGGUCAAGCUGGGAAGCAGGGAGACCUCGAGAAGGCGUGGGCGAGCCGACGAGGGGGAGGUAGACGUGCACGUGCAUCUCGCAGUAUUCUCGUUCCGCU